AUGCUCGCCUCGCGCAUGUCCAGAGCUCUCCCCAGAGCAUCGCGCUCUGCAGGUCUCCUGCGUAAAACCGCCACUCCCGCCCUGUCGCGGUUCCAGUCAACAGAUGGCAAGGUUCAGGGCGCCGUGAUCGGUAUUGAUCUCGGAACCACAAACUCUGCCGUGGCUAUCAUGGAGGGCAAGACCCCCAAGAUUAUCGAGAACUCAGAGGGUGCCCGCACAACGCCAUCAGUGGUCGCUUUCGCUGAGGACGGUGAGCGUCUCGUCGGUGUCGCUGCCAAGCGUCAAGCCGUCGUUAACCCCGAGAACACCCUCUUUGCCACUAAGCGACUCAUCGGCCGAAAGUUCUCCGACGCUGAGGUCCAGCGCGACAUCAAGGAGGUGCCCUACAAGAUUGUCCAGCACACCAACGGAGACGCCUGGGUGUCUUCCCGUGGCCAGAACUACUCGCCUUCGCAGAUUGGUGGCUUUGUCCUGCAGAAGAUGAAGGAGACUGCCGAGGCUUACCUUAGCAAGCCCAUUAAGAAUGCUGUCAUCUCUGGUCUGAACGUCCUCCGUGUCGUUAACGAGCCCACUGCUGCUGCCCUGGCCUAUGGUCUGGAGAAGGAGGCUGACCGCGUUGUCGCUGUUUACGAUCUCGGUGGUGGUACCUUCGAUAUCUCCGUGCUUGAGAUCCAAAACGGCGUGUUCGAGGUCAAGUCUACCAACGGAGACACCCACCUCGGUGGUGAGGACUUUGACAUCCAGCUUGUGCGACACAUGGUUCAGGACUUCAAGAAGACCUCUGGAAUCGACCUGUCUGGCGACCGCAUGGCUAUCCAGCGUAUCCGCGAGGCCGCUGAGAAGGCCAAGAUCGAGCUGUCUUCCUCUCUGCAGACCGACAUCAACCUGCCUUUCAUCACUGCCGACGCCUCUGGACCUAAGCACAUCAACCUGAAGCUGACCCGCGCUCAGCUUGAGAAAAUGGUCGACCCUCUCAUCUCCAGGACUGUUGAGCCCGUCAAGAAGGCUCUCAAGGACGCCAACCUGCAGGCCAAGGACAUCCAGGAGGUUAUCCUGGUUGGUGGUAUGACCCGUAUGCCCAAGGUCACCGAGGUCACCAAGAGCAUCUUCGGACGUGACCCCGCCAAGUCUGUGAACCCUGAUGAGGCUGUCGCCAUUGGUGCCGCCAUCCAGGGUGCCGUGCUCUCCGGUGAGGUCAAGGACCUCCUGCUUCUGGACGUUACCCCUCUGUCCCUGGGUAUCGAGACCCUCGGCGGAGUCUUCACCCGUCUCAUCAACCGCAACACCACCAUCCCUACCAAGAAGUCCCAGGUCUUCUCCACUGCCGCCGACUUCCAGACCGCUGUCGAGAUUAAGGUGUACCAGGGUGAGCGUGAGCUUGUCCGCGACAACAAGAUGCUCGGAAACUUCCAGCUCGUUGGCAUUCCUCCUGCCCACCGUGGUGUUCCCCAGAUCGAGGUCACUUUUGACAUCGAUGCCGACUCCAUUGUUCACGUCCACGCCAAGGACAAGUCCACCAACAAGGACCAGUCCAUCACCAUUGCCUCCGGAUCUGGCCUGUCUGAGAACGAGAUCGAGCAGAUGGUGCAGGAUUCCGAGAAGUACGCCGAGGCUGACAAGGAGCGCAAGGCUUCCAUUGAGGCUGCCAACCGCGCCGACAGCGUUGUGAACGACACGGAGAAGGCCCUGAACGAGUUCGCCGACCGUCUGGACAAGUCUGAGGCCGACCAGAUCAAGGAGAAGAUCACCUCCCUGCGCGAGUUCAUCUCCAAGAGCCAGGCCGGCGAGGGUACCCUGACCGCUGCCGAGAUCAAGGAGAAGACCGACGAGCUCCAGAUGGCCAGCUUGAACCUCUUCGACAAGAUGCACAAGGCCCGUGCCGAGUCCGGCGAGCAGCAGGCUCCCAACACUGAGGGUGCUGCUGAGGGCGAGAAGAAGGACGAGACCAAGUAA